AUGGCUGCGUCCACAAUGUCGGAUAAACCCAAAUCUAAAACAACGGGGAAAGAAGAAAAGGGCCCCGUUAAAGUUAUCAAAACGCCCAUUGAUCUACAGAGGCUCAAAUUAGAAAAACUCAUGAAGAAUCCUAACAAGGAAAUCGUAAUUCCAGAGAAGUCAAAGAAUAAAUCCCUAAGGCCGCCACUAGAAUUUAUCCGUAAUAUUUGGGGUUCAAGUGCUGGUGCAGGCAGUGGUGACUUCCAUGUUUAUCGAGGAGUCAGGCGACGAGAGUAUGCCAGACAGAAGUUCAUCAAAGAAAAAGCAGAGAAGAUUAACAAAAGAAGCAGAAACUCAAGGCUAAAAAAAUUCAAGAAAAGCAAAAAUGACUCAG